GCAUCACAUCGCCCCCCCCGCCCCCCGCGUCGGAGCUCUUCCUCUCCUUCGUUGGAUCCGAAUCUCGAACACCUCUCGUGCGCCUCUCCUCCGCAUCCUCGUCAUCGUCUCCGCCGAUCCCUAGGGUUCCAUCGAUCUCCAAAAAUGCCCCCUCCCUCGCCGCGAUCCUGAGCUUUCCCCCCGCCCCCUCGCCGCCCAUGGGGAACUCUCUCGGCCCCGCCCCCGGCCCCGGCGGCGGCGCCCGACACGGCUUCUUCCAAUCGGUCUCCGCCGCUGCCCUGCCGCUCCCGGCGGCACCACCGCCCCAGGCGGAGGAGCCGCCCCGUCCGCUCCCCGCCCCGAAGAAGCCCCCCCACAUCAACCGAGUCGCGAGCGCGGGGGUCCUCGCGGGAUCCGUGCUCCAGCGCAAGACCGAGAACGUGAAGGAUCUCUACACCCUAGGGCGCAAGCUCGGCCAGGGCCAGUUCGGGACCACCUACUUGUGCACGGAAAAGGCCACGGGGAAGCAAUUCGCGUGCAAGUCGAUCGCCAAGAGGAAGCUCGUGGCCGACGAGGACGUCGAGGACGUGCGGAGGGAGAUCCAGAUCAUGCACCACCUCGCUGGGCACCCCAACGUGAUCUCCAUCGUCGGCGCCUACGAGGACGCCGUGGCCGUGCAUCUCGUCAUGGAGCUCUGCGCCGGGGGGGAGCUCUUCGACCGGAUCAUCCAGAGGGGCCACUACUCGGAGAAGGCGGCCGCAAAGCUCGCGAGGGUGAUCGUCGGGGUCGUCGAAGCUUGCCAUUCGUUAGGAGUCAUGCAUCGCGAUCUGAAGCCCGAGAAUUUCCUAUUUGUUAGCAAGGACGAGGAUUCGCCUCUUAAGACCAUCGAUUUCGGGUUGUCUAUAUUCUUCAAGCCAGGGGAGACACUUACAGAUGUUGUUGGUAGCCCUUAUUAUGUGGCACCUGAAGUUCUACGGAAACAUUAUGGUCCUGAGGCUGAUGUCUGGAGUGCUGGAGUAAUCAUUUAUAUCCUAUUGAGUGGGGUUCCUCCAUUUUGGGAUGAAACAGAGCAAGGAAUUUUUGAACAGGUUCUGAAAGGUGAGCUCGACUUUUCAUCGGAACCCUGGCCUAGUAUCUCAGAGAGUGCAAAGGAUUUGGUCAGAAGAAUGCUUGUGCGAGACCUCAGAAAGCGUUUGACUGCCCAUGAAGUUUUAUGCCACCCCUGGGUAUGUGUUGAUGGUGUAGCUCCAGACAAGCCUCUGGAUUCUGCUGUCUUGACUCGCUUAAAACAAUUUUCUGCGAUGAAUAAGCUCAAGAAAAUGGCCCUAAAGGUCAUUGCUGAGAGCUUGUCUGAAGAAGAAAUUGCUGGCCUGAAAGAGAUGUUCAAGAUGAUUGAUGCAGAUAACAGUGGCCAAAUCACACUAGAGGAACUAAGGGCUGGUUUGGAAAGAGUUGGUGCAAAUCUGAAGGAGUCUGAAAUUUCAGCUCUAAUGGAAGCUGCAGAUAUUGACAACAGUGGCACUAUUGAUUAUGGCGAGUUCCUAGCUGCAACCCUGCAUAUAAACAAAAUUGAGAGGGAAGAUAACCUCUUUGCGGCUUUCUCAUAUUUUGAUAAAGAUGGCAGUGGUUACAUAACUCCAGAUGAGCUCCAAAAGGCCUGUGAGGAGUUUGGUAUAGAAGACACUCGUCUUGAAGAGAUCAUUCGAGAAAUAGACCAGGAUAAUGAUGGAAGGAUCGACUACAAUGAGUUUGUGGCGAUGAUGCACAAGGGUAAUGCUGUUUUCGGCAAAAGAAAUCUGCAAGGAGGUAAUUGUAGCUUUGGUCUCAGAGAGGCACUGAAGCUGGGCUAACGUUGCAUAUAUUCAUCUUGGCAUCGCAACUAUAUUAGGUAACAGGAGCAGAUUGCUACUUCAGAGUAGUUGCAUAUGUUGAUAACCUUAUGGGAUGCGACAGUAUCGAUUAGAUUUGGAACUUGUUCAGAGCUAUUGGGUGCCUUUUACGUUAUCAUCGGAGUUCCAAAAGUGGGUCAAAAGGUAGGCACCGUGAAUCCCAGUCAUCUUCCUGAUGUACAUGAAUGUAUUGUUAGGUAAGAUUAAAUUUAUUAUUUUUCUCUUUUUAUCUAUCCCGGAGAUGAUGAGGAUAACCUCUGAGCAGGAGACAAAUAUACUUUUCUGGUAGUGUUAUCAAUAGAGCCAUUGAUGCAUAUGAUUCAUUGAAUUUGGUCAAAUUCAGUCAGUUAUUAGUAAUUCGGUUUACUAAAUUUCUUUUUUAACAGUAAAAAUGGUUCUGUAAAUAACACCACCCUUCCUUUUUCAUUAUCCUUGUGACCUUCACCUGGCUUAAUUGCUUACCUGGCUUUUGUAGUUUUGUUGUCAUGCAUGUAAGCAUAAUUUGUGUUGGUAGUACCAAACAGAUUUAUUUGAUCAUAACGAAAUGGUUAUUAUUUCUUAUGUUGAGAUAAA